UUGGAUUGGACGAAGCAACCUCCCUCCCACGCGCUCGUCGCUAUCCCCUCGCCGGCGUGGUCCUCGCAGGGAGCGGAGCUGAAGCCACCAGCUGCCAGAACCGGACUACCAGGUCAUGAUGAUCUUAUCGGUCGCGCUCUCACCAACCCGCCGCCUCGUCGCGUUGUCGGCAACCAGCUGCGCAGCCAGCGCAUUUGACUCUCUCUAGGGGAGGCGUGAGUCGGCGGGGGACUCGGAUCAGCGGGGACUGGAGGCGGGCCGGCCAUGGAGGAGGGAGGCGAGCACGCGAGUCUUCUGGUCAAGGAUGAUGCAUCAUGCCAUGGAGAUGAAUCACAGAAUCUAUUGGAAGCAAAGCAAGGGUCACAGCUUAAAAGUAAACACUCUAACUGGAGAGCACCAGCACUCAUUCUGGGGUUGGAAUGCUUGGAGAGCAUGGCUUUCAAUGGAAUCGCGACAAACCUAGUCGUGUAUAUCCGCUCAGUUCUCCAUGGUGGUAUUGCUUCCAGUGCAUCAACCGUAUCUCUUUGGUUUGGAACAAGCUUCUUUGUGCCAAUACUUGGAGCCGCCAUAGCAGAUACUUACUUGGGAAAUUACAAGACCAUUUUAAUCUCCCUUAUCAUGUACCUACUUGGCAUGGUACUCAUUACAGUUGCAACAUUUAUGCCUUCUACUUCAGUCUUGUGUGACACGAGCUCAUCAUGCCUUUCGUCAGAUGGAACUCAAAAUCUGAUUUUCUUUGUUGCGUUGUAUCUCACUGCUGUUGGAUGUGGAGGAGUAAGAUCGGCACUGCUUCCAUUUGGUGCAGACCAAUUCAACAAUGAGCACAGCUUAGAUAUUAAGAGGAGAAGGAUAUUCUUCAGUUCAUUCUAUAUAUGUGUCAUCUUCGGUGUGAUUACUUCAGGGACCAUUAUAGUCUGGGUUCAGGAAAAUGUUAGCUGGGCUAUAGGAUAUGGAAUUGCCACGACAUGCAUAGGUCUUGCUUUGAUAGGAUUUCUGGUGGGAACACCUAUAUUCAGACAACAUGAGCCUUGUGGUUCUCCGGUGAAGAGUAUUUUCAAGGUUAUAGUUGCCACUUUUAGAAACAUGAGCUUGGAAGUUCCUGAUGAUGGCUCUCUUCUGUAUGAGGUCAGGAGCAACCACACACAAAGGAUGAAACUAGCCCACUCUGAUGAUUUUAGGUUCUUAGACAAGGCAGCAGUUAUUUCUGAUCUGAGCUUGGCCUAUGGAAAUCAUCGAAGUUCAUGGAGUCUAUGCACGGUAACUGAAGUUGAGGAACUGAAAAUACUAAUCCGCUUACUGCCAAUAUGGGUGACUGGAAUAUUCUUUGGUGCCGCAAUCUCUCAAAUGCACACCACUUUCAUUCAGCAGGGAACUGUGAUGAACACCAAGAUUGGCUCCCUGACCAUUCCACCGGCAUCCUUGUACUCAUUUGAAGUGAUAUGCGUCACACUCUGGGUACUUGUUGUGAACAAAGUGAUUGUACCAGCAACCCGAAUGUACUUUGCAAACGGCGCAGAGCUCACACAGUUACAGCGGAUCGGGAUCGGUCGUUUCCUGAUGAUAUUUGCCAUGGCAAUGGCUGCACUUCUAGAAACAAAGAGGCUACAGAGUGUUCGGGAAGCAGAGCCGCUAAGCAUUGCAUGGCAGCUUCCACAGUACUUUAUUAUUGCUGGGGCCGAGUGCUUUGCUGUCAUCACUCAGCUGGAAUUCUUCCACGGUCAGGCGCCAGACUCCAUGAAGAGCAUGUUGACGGCAUUCGCGUUGCUCACCACUGCUCUCGGUAAUUACUUGAGCUCAGCCAUCAUCACCUUCAUUGCUGGGGUGACCGCUGUAUGGCAAAGCCCGGGAUGGAUACCGGAUGAUCUGAACAGAGGUCACCUGGACUACUAUUAUUGGUGUUUUGCAGCCCUCUCUUUGGCGAAUUCUGUUGUGUAUUUGUAUUUUGCUAGUAAAUACAAACUGAAGAAAGUUGUUAUUAGCUAACGUCACUUGUUAUAUCACCAGGUGUAAUAUAAUGGAAAUGUUUAUAUUUAUUCUCUGUUUAUAGGCCAUGGAAGGACCUUUUCUCCCAAAUAUAUAGUGUCUUGUUGAUCUCAGGAUUUAGGAGGAUGUGUAAAUGUUAGGAGAGAAACACAUAUAUUGUUUUUUUAAUAGCUAUUCAUUCUGUGUGCUUGCGGAGGGAUCGGUUGAUUUGGUUCAUUUGUAUGUAAAUGCAAUGUAAACAUUAUUUUGGCAAGCAUCCAGGAUCUUGGAAUAAAAUCA